AUGGUUGCCAUCGCCAGCGGGCUGUGGUGGGACCACUCAAAAACAACAAUCUUGGUCGCCACUCUGACCUUGCCACUUAACUACAGCAACCUCUUCCUCUCAGGCCUGACCAUCCUCGUUACCAUCGCUGGAUCAAGUUUCUGGAACAUCUUUGCUUUCUUUCUUCACAAUUGGAAAGCGAAGAGCGAAGAUCCUAGUGCUCUCGACCUUCAGCAACAGGUCAGUCUGCGGAACUCUGCAGGUGCUACUCAGACACUGUGGGAGGCUUUCAAGAUCCAUAAAGCGUGGUCAAAGAAGUUCAAAAAGCCAAUCGUGAAGCAGACAUGUUCUGUGGCAAUACCAGCUUUGCUCGUCUCAGCAGGCUUCGCCAUCCCCGCGCUGUUUACCUCGAGAGUGGCUAACAAAGCUUACAGCACCGUCGUCGCACGAGUGCAACCAAACAAUUGCGGAUUCUAG